GUGAGGUUGAGGAGUGUUCCCAAAAUUCUCAAUAUCUUCCGAUUCUUAUCGUUUUCUUCUUCAUCCUCCCACUUCAGCCAAAGCAACACUCCUCUUCUCAUCACUCAUCACUUUCCAAAAUAAAAAAGAAAAGAAAAAAAUGGCGUCGAAGCUUCACAUAUUUACAGGAUUACCCCCGGCGCCAUUUCUUUCUUCUUCUUCGUCGUCUACCUCGCUAACCAAGAAACCUCCUCUCACCACUUCCUUCUUCGGCAACGGAGUUGUGAAGCUUAGAGGAGUGAGGGUUGUGAAGCCUCUGCGAUCUUCCUGUUCCACGAAUGGAGGUGGAGCUCUUGGUACUCGAAUGAACCUGUUUGAUAGAUUCGCCAGAGUUGUGAAGUCGUACGCAAAUGCAAUCAUUAGUACAUUUGAAGAUCCGGAGAAGAUAUUGGAGCAAGCCGUGCUUGAGAUGAACGAUGACUUGACCAAAAUGCGUCAAGCUACAGCACAAGUGUUGGCAUCUCAAAAGCGGUUGGAAAAUAAAUACAAAGCAGCAGAACAAGCUUCUGAAGAGUGGUACCGUAAAGCACAACUUGCUCUUCAGAAAGGUGAGGAAGAUCUUGCCCGUGAAGCACUUAAAAGACGCAAAUCUUAUGCAGAUAAUGCUAGUUCUUUGAAAGCCCAACUUGAUCAACAAAAGAGUGUUGUUGACAAUCUUGUCUCCAAUACACGGCUUCUGGAGAGUAAGAUACAGGAGGCGAGAUCAAAGAAGGAUACUCUGAAAGCAAGAGCUCAAUCUGCAAAGACUUCUACCAAGGUGAGUGAGAUGCUGGGAAAUGUCAAUACAAGUGGUGCUCUGUCUGCUUUUGAAAAAAUGGAAGAGAAAGUGAUGGCAAUGGAGUCCCAAGCUGAAGCUCUUGGCCAGUUAACAAGUGAUGAUCUUGAAGGGAAGUUUGCAAUGCUAGAGAGCUCAUCAGUUGAUGAUGACCUUGCAAAUCUGAAGAAAGAACUCUCUGUUGGCUCGAAGAAAGGAGAGCUUCCCCCUGGAAGAAGUAGCACAACUAGCGCCAACACCGGAAUUCCAUUUCGAGAUGUUGAGAUAGAAAGGGAGCUUGAUCAAUUGAGGCAAAGAGCAAAGGAUUUUUAAAAGGCAUGGAAUCUUUUUUUUCGUUUCUUCGUAUUUCAUGCUUGAAUUUCGUAUGCUUCAGAUAUCAAACACUGUACAGUUAAGUGCCAAUCGUGAUAAUAUUAUUUACAACCAAAUGCUGGAUGGAAAAUGGAAUAGAUAAGCUGCAUGCUUCUAUAGCUGAUAUGUGACAUCUAAGCACACUGAUAUACUGUAGUAUAUCUAAGAUCCGAAAGGCCUCCCCCCUCCCCUUCUCUCCUCUUUUUCCUCUCUCUGCCUCUUAAUUAAACCAAGUAGCGCUUGAAAACUGUUGAUUUUGAUGUAUUAAGCCCCUUCUAUUAGAUUGAUAGAUAUCUAUGUU